UCGACAUAGAUCCAAGUUUUGCCAUCGGCAAAACUUGGCGGUGCUCGCCCAGUCGUAGGCGUUCUCAUAAAAAGACACGCCCCAAUCUAGUAGGCGAGCAUCGAGCCUUCGUUGCGCACGACCAGAUUCUCCGGUACUGCGCGCUGCGGCCGCGGAGCAUUCGAGAAACGUCGACGAGUUGCGGCAGGGAGGAACGAGUCGAAUCGAGAAGCCGGCCGGCAGAAGCACGCCAGCUACGCGGAGGAGCGGAGGACGAGUCGGAAUAGAAUUACGCGUCGUCACCAGGAGUCGCCGAGUCAGUCGAAGGUAAAAUGGCCUUACUACCGAUGCUCUUCUCGAACUGGUGGGAGGACCUCGAGCGGCCUCAUCGACUGCUGGACCAAAACUUCGGGCUGGGGAUCCACCCGGAGCACAUCGUCACCCCGCGAAGCUUGCAGCUCUACGGAGCGCCGUGGCGUUCCGAAUUCUCGCGCUGCCCCGUAGCAACAGGCUACGUGCGGCCUUGGAGCGAGCUGCUUCGCCAGGGUGAGGGAGGGUCUUCGAUCGUCAAGGCCGACAAGGACAAGUUCCAGGUCAGUCUGGACGUGCAGCAGUUCGCGCCCGAAGAGGUCUCCGUCAAGGUUGUGGACCGCUCCGUCGUCGUCGAGGGUAAGCACGAGGAGAAGCAGGACGAGCACGGCUGGAUUUCCCGACAGUUCGUCAGGAAGUACCUCAUCCCCGAGCAGUGCGACAUCGAGCAGGUCUCCUCCAAGCUUUCCAGCGACGGCGUGCUGUCCAUCGUCGUGCCCCGCAAGGACAAGCCGCCGGUGGAGGGUGAGAGGGUUAUCAGUAUCGAGCACACCGGGCAGCCGGCGCUGCGCGAAAAGGAGACCGAGAAGACCAAGGCCGAGGAGGAGGAGAAGUAGACCCCGGGGUCCGCGGCUGUCGCCAUUUUGACUGUCACUUAUUCUAUGCGUUGACUGAAUUGCUAGUAAUGGACGGGUUUAAUGUCAAGGGCGUAGCGGUAACCAUAACGCGAACACGAGCAAACGGUUGAGAACGUAUCGUUCUCGAUGUGCUCGUUCGUUCGGCCCAUAGUGCCUGAAAUCGAUCGGCUGGAGACUGUCAUCGAGCGGAUGUCCUUAGUAGUAAAUCAGUUAACGUUCUUUGCGUUUUUCUAUCGUUCUUCCUGAAGUAGAUUGCUGUGUGUAUGCCACUUGAAUCACGCGUUCCUAGACUGUACGGGCUUUCUUUUUUAUACAUACUCAUGUUUCACGUGUGAUAUUACUGUAUUUUCGUAGCAUUGUGUAAUAAUAUAAUCACAUUAUUCAGAAAA